AUACAAAUUAAACCAAAACAGAACCGGAGAACGAAUCCGAUCCGCUUCGCCAUCUGGCGUUAGGGUUGGGAUCCAUAAGCUCGCGGAUUAGGGUUAGGGUUUGGUGGCGAUCCGUAUUCUUGUGGAAUUUGAUUCGAUUUCGUGGGGAUCAGGCUCGCCCUGGCGACGGAUUCUGGUGUUUCUUGUUGAUUUCUGGCGGAGGAACCGAUGAAUGAUCCGUCCCAGAUGAUGAACCGGGGCUUCGGAAUCUGGCCGCCUCCGGCGGAUGAUCCGAUGGGCUUCCCGCCCCUGCCCCGUCCGCCGCCGUUCGCUGCCGGCGCUGGGGGUGGUAAACCGAGCCGGAUGAACUGGAAGGGGAAGAAGGUCGCCGACAAGCGGAAGAAGGCUGACGGGGGAGUCGUCGGCGUCUCCGGCUACAACCCCCUCGGCCUCGGCGAGCACCAGUUCCAGAACCGCGCCAAGGCCCGAAGGUUCUAUCCCAAGAAGAAGUUCGUGCGCUUUGCCCCUUUCGCUCCCCGGAACACGACCUCCUUCAUCAUGCGCGCCAAGAAGGCCGGCGGGAUCGCGUCGUUGGUGUCGCCGUGCCCAGUUACGCCGACGAUCCUCCCGACGCCCAGCUUCUCUCCGACCCGUGAGGGCCUCGUCGACAUGGCCAAGGAGGAGUGGGGCGUCGACGGGUACGGUUCGAUGAAGGGCCUGAUCCGGCUCCGCUCGCCCAACGGCUACGAGAUCCGGGCGGGAGGCGGGGAGGAGGAGGACGAGCUCGACGAAGUGUCGAGCGACAGCGAUGUUGACCAGUACCUGGAUCAGCAGCACCAAGAAGUCGAGCGGCGUCUGGACCAUGAUGUGAGCCGGUUCGAGAUGGUGUACCCCGGGGAGGAACACGGGUCGGGCGCCACUGCCUGUUUGCUGGAGAACAGGGUGGAUAACCAGGACACUCACAUUGCGAGGCUGGAGGAAGAGAACUUUAUGCUAAAGGAGAGGCUUUUCCUGAUGGAGAGGGAGAUGGGAGACCUCAGGAGGAGGCUGCAAUUGCUGGAGACUAGGUGCCACCUGGGGGAGGAACACCAUAAGGAUAGCGGCGAUGGUAACAAUAGGGACGUCAGGAAUGAAAACAGGAGCACUAAUGAGGAGGCUUCAGAGAACGAGGAGGGCGGGGAUGUGUGUUCCGACAGGAUUGCCGAAGACUGUCAUGAGAGUGGCGGCAUCCCGAUGCGCGAGUGAGAGAUGAUGGUGGAGGACAUGGAAGGGAAGGGGCGAAAAUGGAUAAUGGGUUGUAUUUGAAGAUUGAAUUCUCAGAAAAGGAAGAGAAGAAGGUUGAAUUCAAAAAUGCACAGGUGAUGUGAUUUGAACAUACUCUCAUGUAUUUCAUGGGAAGAAUGCAGGGAAUGAUAGACUUGGAAUCUUGUUGUGCAUGAAGCAUGUGAUAUUUCAGGUUUCAGGAAAAGGGAAGCCACUUUGGCUCACUCACUCAUUUGAUGGUCUCGUGUUGGUCACUGGAGGCCAUGUCUUUUUUAGUUGCAGUUGAGGAUGAUUCAGCAGAGAUCUCCAUUGUUGUAUUUGUGUUGGAUUGCCGGUUUUGUAUGGAGGUAGAUGGAUGUAAAGCAGCUGGAAAUUUUAUUUGUCUGGCACAGUUUUUCUCUUGCAGCAAAUGACAUUUGAUUCAUUACUGGAAGAGGACAGGAGAGGUACAAGAUGAUUCUAGUCCAUCUAUUAUUGUAUGAUGAUGUGGAUUGACAAGGUUGCUUGCUCCUAAUCUUUUAGAUUUGCCAAUGUAAUGUUCCCAGUGGGGGGAAUGCUUUGGACCUGUCAUUAUGAUACCCCAGUUGGUUAAAUUUCUUUAUUUUUUUAUUAUGUUAUUAAGAAAAAUUAAGAAAAUAUAUCUUAAUCAAUGGUGUGUUUGUCA